GGUGUUUCCUGUCAGCUGUGUUACACUUCCUGCGGUGCCGAUCGUGGAGAGUUGCUUUCGCCUCAGGGAUCACCUUGCAGAUUGCAUGGACCAUGAGGGGGGUGAUCCUGACUCUGGCUGCACGCGCCGGCGCUGUUGGACGGAGCGGGCUGCGGGCAGCUCGAGAUCUGGGACAGCGCGCGCCGCUUCACCCUGACCGCAGGGCCCGGCUGGCGCGAGCCGCCCGGAGGAGCUGCAGCGCGGCCGCGGAGCCUGGCUUUAUUCAUCAGCCAGUUUUUAACAUUGAUGUUUUGGUGGCUUUGUUACGUCAGGAGAACGCGAAGGACCUAUGUGUCAUUAAACUGCCCAAGGAGAUAAAGUACACCGAUUAUUUUCUUAUUGUGAGUGGAACUUCUGCAAGACAUUUGCAAGCCAUGGCACAAUAUGCAAUUAAAGUGUAUAAACAGUUAAAGAAACAGCAGAAUGCUCAUGCCCACAUUGAAGGGAAAGAUACAGAUGAUUGGAAGUGCAUUGAUUUUGGUAACAUAGUAGUACAUUUCAUGUUACCCGAAACCAGGGAUGUUUAUGAACUGGAGAAGCUAUGGACUUUGCGUUCCUAUGAUGAUCAAUUUAAUAUGAUACCUCCAGAAACUCUACCAAGAGAUUUUAUAUAUGGACCAACUGACAACCCAGACGAAGACAGCAGUGAUUUCAGAAGAUUGUCUUAAAAGGGAUUCACAGCAUUGAACCAGUAUUUGUGUGAAUUCAAACUCAUCCACAGUAAUGGAAAUUAGUUGGAGGCAACAGGAUUGGUCUAACUGGUGUAAGGUAGAGAAAGUAGUUCUAUUGAAAUGAAGUCCAGCUUGUAAAAACUACACACAAGCUGUUGACAUUUGGAUCAUACAUUGAUUUAUAAAAAGUUGAACUGACUACAUUUUGCAAACUAAAUCAAUGUAGCAGCAUUUUAGUUGGAUGUGCUUUACAAAAUUUUCUGGUGUUGAAUGUAUUUAUUGUAUACCAGAAACUGUAAUGCAUAAGCCACAUAUUUGAACCUUUGAAGUUAGUCAGCAAUGUAUAUAACACUGAAUUAUAUCAAAAUGAGCUGAAGCUUCUAUUACAAAUAAAAGGCUAAAAUGUUUUUUUUUCCUUUUAACAUGAAAUUUGACAUGUACAAUAGUUAAAGGGGAUAGCAUGUCAGACACUUAACUAACAUUGCAAAAAAAAUUGUAUUUGACAUGGGCAGUGAUAAUAUUGGAAAAGAAACAUAGGCAGAUUUAAAAAAAACAUGCAUCGCCACAACUCUAGCACAGCAAGAUUUUUGGGUCCUGCAGAUAAAUUAUGAAUACCAGUUCACUGUGGUCUAAAAGUUACUGGGUACCAUCUGAAUAACAGCUGUAAGGUAUGGAAGGUUAGUGCUGGAUGACAUGCAGUGGACCUGCUCUGAGUAACUAGAGGGAACAUAUUGGAGUACCCUCUACUGUGUAAAAAUCAAAGAAUUAAUUUAUUGAACCAUUGAAACAUUAGUUGACAUUGCUGUUUCUUAAAAGCGUGCAGUCAGUUCUCCCUUAAUUGGAAUGAAUUUUAAGAUUUUACAAUUUCAAAAAUGGUGCAUAAAAUUUCUAAAUAGAAUUUCACAUUGUUCAAAAAAAGACAGAAAAGCUGAUUUUUUUUUGCAUGUAUGUGUUUUUGCAAGACACAAGUGGUCUUGGAAGUGACACUUCAAAGAAAGUAGAGGGAAGUUUAUUUAAAACUGGCUAGUCUUAGAAACAAAAUGUUUUCAGAAUUUUGAUGAUUGAUUUUUCAUAUGGAAUGAAGUGAGAAUUGAAUGUAUAUUCAUUACCAAGGCAUUAUACAAGAAAUUUUGUGCAAUGUGUUUAUAUACACAAGUGCAAGCCACAGGAAUGAAAUCAUCCUGUUAUACUUCAACUUGCAAUAUGUACAAUUUUGCUUAAUAUCUUGAAACAUACAUAAUCACAUAGGAGCUAAAUUAUUUUAUUUCAAACAGAGGCAUUUGACAAAUGGGGCUGCAUUAGGGGCACAGUAUUUAGAUGAAAAAAAGAGAAGUGAGCAAAGUUAUUUUUGCUGGUUUCACUUCUUUUACAGAACUACCUUCUACUAAAUGCCAGUAUUUCCAAAUUACCAAUCUUGUUAUAUAGACCAGAAAAUUAAUGAUACAGCAGCAGAUCAGGAAGUGAAAAUGCAGCAAUUAAACCAAAAACCAUGGUAAAUCAAUCAAUCAAUCAAUCAAUGUUACUUGCAACAAAAAGUGGGCUCUGACCUUUCAGCCUCACGUCAAUUCAUUUAAGCUAUUAAAUGACCUCCUGUAAUUCUGUUAUUUUAUCAAUGUAAGAAAACAUUUCUAUCACUAUAUGGAGAAGUCACUCUGCCAAAAGAAUGAGAAUUAAUCCAUUUUGCUAAAGCUACAACAUAAGCUUUGAGAAGUUUUGAUUAGUAAUGAAUAUAUGUAGGCAAAAACACACCAGACCAUUUUUAAUUGUCUAAUCUGUACAAAAAAUGAUCUUUGGGAAAAUAUCAACCUAUCCUAUGCAGAA